AUGGCAGUACCCCUAACGACAACAGCAGCUUACCUAACGGCUACGUCUACAGCAGCAGGCCCGACAGUUCCAAUAGCAGCAGAGGCAGUACCAUCGCCAGCAAUAACAGCAAUAACAGCGACGUCAGUAUCCCUAACGGAAAUAACAGCAGAAACAUCAAUGAUAUCUACAACUGCAAUGAUAGCGCCUCCAUCAAUGGUGAUAGCCAUAACAACGGCACCUUUGCCAACAUCGGCAGUGGCGGGACCAACACCAUCGCCACCUCCAGUGAUUCCAGCACCAGCAGCGUCAGCACCAGCAACGCCAGCAGCAACAGCGCCAGUCCCAGCAACAGCGGCGACAGUGACGCCAACACCAACAGAUGCACCACCGCCAACAAGCGACUACGGAGAUGCAUCGGCUGUUCCGGGAACUCGUUCAAACGACGCCUCUCCAACCACAGAUCCUCCGUCAGGAUACCGGAAAGGAGAUUCGUCACGUCAUUAG